AUGACUACCAGCAUUUCCUUGGACCCUCGCACCCAGCUCAUUCCGAAUUUGGUCGAUCAUUAUGCUGACGCCAAGCCCGAUGCUGUCUAUGCCGAGUACCCUGUCAAUCCAAUGAGUUACGACGAGGGGUACAGGGCCAUCACCUACAAAACCCUUGCCAACGCCAUAAAUGGUAUCGCACACUGGUUGACCAAGGCCUUGGGUCCAGGUCAUGGGGAGGUACUAGCCUACCUAGGUCCAAAUGAUCUCCGAUAUCCAGCCUUGGUUUUGGGUGCCGUAAAAGCCGGUUACUGCAUGUUUUUAACCUCGCCCCGGAAUAGUGUAGAAGCACACCAAUCGCUGUUGGAAAGGCUCAACUGCACCACCCUGUUGGCUCCGGUGCCACAACCCCCUUUUGUGAGAGCUAUCAUGGAUGCCAUUCCGCUCAAUGUCAUGGAUGUUCCCAGUUUGGACAACAUUUUGAUGACCGAUUAUCCGCCAUUUGAGUAUCGUAAGGUAUAUCCCGCUGACUCAUCUGAUCGCCUUGUCGUGCUGCAUACUUCUGGGUCUACGGGGAUUCCCAAGCCCAUUAUCUGGACUCUUGAAAGCGCGGUGAAGCAUAUGCGCAUGCAAAGACUAGAUGUCCCCGCAGGAUAUGAGGGCCAGGAUCAGAAAGGGUUUGGGAAGAGAAUGUAUUUGACAAUGCCUCCUUUUCACGCGGCCGGAAUAGGCCAUAUGCUCUUCGUUACGAUGCCGGUUGAUGUGACACUCAUCAUGCCCACCGCAGCAGGGCUUCCUACUGCUGCCGGUCUUGUGGCUGCGAGAAAGCAGACGCCAUUUGAAUGGACCGUUGUAGUGCCGUCGAUUGUACAGGAGCUGGCACAGGAUCCCGAAGCUCUUGAAUACUGCAGUACUCACUUGGAAUACCUAGUCUACUGCGGAGGUGACUUACCGGAAGCGAUUGGAAAUAUUGUCGCGGCCAAAGUGCCACUGAUGAAUGGAUACGGUGCCUCAGAGAUCGGGAUAAUAAAUGUGAUCCACUCACCAACCCGGGACCCCUUGACAGAGUGGCGGUACCUUCAGUUCCAUCCUGAUUUGGGCAUGGAACACCGUCGUAUCUAUGGAGACGAGUAUGAGGCAGUGUUGGUGCGCACCCCAGAGCGCGAAAGUCAUCAGGUCCCAUUCUCUAUCUUCACCGAUCGACAGGAGUAUCGAACGAACGACCUGAUGGUUCCUCAUCCUACAAAAGCUGGUCUUUGGCGCCCUUGUUCCAGAUUAGAUGAUGUGAUUGUCUUCCUCAAUGGGGAGAAAACGAAUCCCGUGUCGAUGGAACAGCAGAUUGUCGCUGCCAAUCCCGAAGUCACUGGGUGUCUUGUCAUUGGUUCUCGACGCUUUCAGGCUGCUCUCCUCGUGGAGCUGGAUAGAAAGUCUCUUGGUGAUAACUACUCUGCAAUUGAGAAGCUAUGGCCUAGCAUAGAGGAAGCAAACAUCCCGGCUCCUGCUCAUGCCCGCAUUGCCAAAAGCCAUAUUCUAUUCACCUCGCCCGAGAAGCCCAUGCUUCGUGCGUCGAAGGGUACCAUACAACGCGCCAGCACGCUCAAGUUAUAUGCACAAGAGAUUGACAAAGUCUACUCUGACGCAGACAAGAUCUCUCAGCUUAAUGCGAGUGACUCAACUGGGCCAGGUGGGUUGGAUAAUGUCGUAGAAGUGACGGAGUUUAUCAGAGAAACUAUUCUGGCGAUCACGGGUUGGAAUGCGGCAAGCCUUUCUGAUGAAGUGAAUUGGUUUAAUCUUGGCUUUGACUCUCUACAAGCUAUUACGGCCGUUCGUGUGUUGAAACAGCGUCUCAACCUUCCUUCUCUCACUCCAAACAUGCUAUAUAUGCACCCGACAGUGACGAGUCUAGCCCAUGCGCUUCUCCAUCAGGACUGCGGAGAGUCGACCGAGACUAAACAACAGCGCUUGAUCCAAGAGCGGGAUGAGCUGUUGCAGGAGUUCAUUGGACAGAUUGAAGCUCCCAACACACAAUGCUCUGACGCAGUCGAUACUCAGACCGUCAUUUUGACCGGAUCCACCGGGCAUCUGGGUACAUAUCUACUGGAUGUACUGCUGAAGAACCCCAGUGUGAAGCAUGUGUACUGCUUAAACCGGACCGAUCACGCUCUCGACCGACAACAGGAGCGGAAUGCUACCUACGGACUGGACCCUGUGGAUGAAACUCGGGCAACGUUCUUGAAAGCAGAUCUCAGUCUGGUCGGCUUUGGACUACAGCCCGAACAGCUCAAACAGCUACAACGGAGAGCGACGCUAGUAAUCCACAAUGCCUGGGCAGUCAACUUUAAUUUAUCGCUAGCUUCAUUCAAACCACAACUGGCAGGCAUGGUAAAUCUCAUCAACUUCACAGGCCAAGCUAGCUACACUCCCCGGUUGUUCUUUGUUUCCUCGAUCAGUUCAACCAUGGGUCACCGCCCAACCAACGCUGGCGUCAUCCCCGAGACGGUCGUCACAACCACAACUCCAGCCCCGAACGGCUACGCCAACAGCAAGUAUCUAGCAGAGCACCUGCUUGCACACGCAGCGCAGCAAGGUUACAACGCUGCUUUCGCCCGUGUAGGUCAGGUGGCAGGACCGAUACGUUCUCGCGGACUAUGGAACAAAUCCGAAUGGUUCCCCAGCCUCGUGCUUAGUUCACUGCAUCUGAAUGCUCUUCCAGACGCCAUAGGUCAGGCGCUAGACCGUGUCGACUGGGUGCCUAUUGACCUGCUCGCCGAAAUUCUAGUCGACCUAUCCCUCCUCAACACCCUCGGAGUCGGUGUCUACCACCUGGUAAACGUGCACCCACAAUCCUGGAAGGAUAUCCGCCCCGUGGUUGCAGACGCCCUUCAGGUUCCAGGAAAGGCCGUUGAGAUCAUUCCAUGGCAAGAAUGGAUCCUCCGUGUCCGACGAGACAUUGAACUAGUCAGCCAGGAUAAGGAGGCAUUGCAGAUUCAGCUUGCAAAGAACCCGGCUGCUAAGCUGUUGGACUUUUUCGAGGAUGUGAUGCGCCAGACGGAGGCUGAAAAGGUGUUGGAUGCGAAGGGCACUAUGCUAGUCAGUGAGAAGUUACAGAUGGUGGAUGCUGUGAAGGCGGAAUGGAUUCAGAAAUGGGUAAAGGAGUGGAUGCAGUAG